AUGUCGGAUAGACCUGCGCACCGAGGCGGUCGCGGAGGUGGUCGCGGCGACGGCGGCCAUCACCGCGGUGGAGGCAGAGGAGGCUCUCGUGGCGGCGGUGGUGACCGCGGCGGACAUCGCGGCGGCCAUGGCGGUGAUGGCGGGGAGAAGCCCAAGAAGGAGAACAUCCUGGACCUCACCAAGUAUAUGGACAAGCAAAUCACUGUCAAAUUCAACGGCGGCCGAGAAGUCAUGGGCACGCUAAAGGGCUACGACGCGCUGAUGAACCUUGUCCUCGACGACGUGCAAGAAACAGUUCGCGACGAAGAAGGCAACGAAUCCACGAGACCCCUCGGCCUGGUCGUCGCCCGCGGCACCCUCCUCGUCCUCGUCUCUCCCGUCGACGGCAGCGAGCAGAUCGCCAACCCGUUUGUCCAGCCCGACGACGACGAAUGA